AUGAUACGAAACCGUGUGGCGCGGGGGGCCGGCUCCGAGCCCUACCGAUACCGAGUGCUGGUGCCCAUCGCCGCAGACUCGGAGGAGAUUGAGACGGCCUGCAUCACCGAUGUGCUCACGCGCGCCGGGGCCAAGGUCACUGUGGCCAGCUGCAGUGGGGACCUGGAAGUGCGUAUGUCUCGUGGCCUCAAGAUCCUGGCAGACCAGCACAUCGGGGACUGCGUCGGGGAGUACGACGUGAUCGCGUUGCCCGGGGGCAUGCCGGGUGCGGAGCACCUCAGAGACUGCAAGAAACUUGAGGCGAUGCUGAAGGAGCAGAAGAGCAGCGGGCGUUUGACGGCUGCGGUGUGCGCGAGCCCCGCGGUGGUCUUUGCCCACCACGGCUUGCUCGAGAAGAGCGCCACCUCCUACCCAGCACCCCAGUUCAAGGAGCUGGUGGGCGACAAGUGGGAGGACUCCAGGGCAGUGGUCGAUGGAAAUGUCAUCACCAGCCAGGGCCCAGGCACCUCGCUGCAGUUUGCGCUGAAGAUCGUUGAGCAGCUCUACGGAAAGGACAAGGCAGAGGAGCUCGCGAAGCAGAUGGUCACUACCACCGCCUGA